AAAUACUCGGAUUGUGAGAAAACGGUGGUGGAGUUCGGGAAGCAGCUGGGGAACAAGCUGGCCGCGCUGGGCACCCUCAUCCAGGAGUACGGGCAGCUCCAGCGGCGCCUGGAGGACAUGGAGAACCUGCUGCGGAACAGGAACGACUGGAACAUGCAGCUGCCCCCGGGGGGUGAACUCCCCAAGGCAGAAGAUGGCCCGGCCCUGGCGGCGUUGGAAAAGGACCACGCUCACUUCCCUGCUCGAGAGCAUGAGAAUCCGGAGAAAUUGCAGAAGGAGCCGCAGAAAAAUGUGCCAGAAGGAGAGACCAAAUCCCUGGCGGCCUACGGAAUUCCCGAGCCGAGCAUUGACUGCGGGGUGAAACAAGAGGAAGAGCCGUGUGCGGAGGAGCAGGGAGCUGCCGAGGAGGCAAGGUUUACCGAGCUCAGCGUGGUUCUGGCAGAUGAGGUGGAAGUGUUCAAAGUAGAGCAGCUGGACACCGAGGAAUGCUCCCAAAUCCCAGAGCCCCCCGCGACGUCAGCCGGGGAGUCGGAGGAGCUGGUUUCCCAGCAUCCCAGCGAGGUGCUGCCCUUCAGUCAGUCCAGCUCUCCCGCGUGGCCGGGAAACCAGAGCACGGGCAGGUCGGCGCCGUCUACCCUGGGGGAAGAGGGUCUGGGCAGAAGCAGCGCCGUCAUGUUCUACGCCCAAAGCUGUUCCCAGGCGAGACCCCAGUCGUGUACGAUGUGCGGGAGGUGCUUCUGCGUGAGGGAGAUGCUGACCCCUAAGGAGGGCAGCAGUGAGCACACUGGAGACAAGAGGGGCUUCUUCUGUCAGCAACACCACUGGACCCGCAUGGAAUACCAGGAUGCAGGAGUCUGUGCCAGCGUCCCAGCCCCGGAGGGACGUCCCAGCCCCAGGCGCCUGAGAAGCGGUGGCGGUGGCUACAAGCCGAGUCAGGGGGCUCACCCGCGGGGGAAGCCUUACAAGUGCAACAAGUGCCAGGAGUGUUUCUCCAAGAAGAAAAGCCUCAUCAUCCACCAGUGUACGCGCUCGGGCCGGGGCAGAAAGACGCUUUGGUGCUCGUAUUGCGGGAAGACCUUCAGCCAUCCCUCCAAACUGAUCCGGCAUCAGAGGAUCCAUACAGGCGAGAGGCCCUUCCAAUGCAACGAGUGCCCGAAGCGCUUCACCCAGAAGCAGCACCUCCUGCAGCACGGGAAGAUCCACCUGCGCGAGAGGAGCUGCCUGGAUGCGAGGAAGGCGCCGAGCUUCUAG